ACUUCCGUGGGUCACCUGUCUCACACUUUCAACAUGGCUGUGAAUCUGACAGAGCUUUCUCUUCCUCAGCUAGAGGGACUAAAAACCCAACUAGAGCAGGAAACCGAGUUUCUGACCUCCUCAAUCGGUCAGCUCAAAGUUGUCCAGACAAAAUAUGUAGAAGCUAAGGACAGCCUGAGUGUUCUCAACAAAAACAAUGCUGGAAAGGAAUUACUAGUACCUCUCACCAGCUCUAUGUAUGUUCCAGGAACUCUAAAUGAUGUUGAGCAUGUUUUAGUGGAUGUGGGAACCGGAUACUAUGUGGAAAAGAAUGUUGGGGACACAAAGGAGUUUUUCAAGCGCAAAAUCGACUUCCUCACCAAGCAGAUAGAGAAGAUUCAGCCAGCCCUACAGGAAAAGCAUUCAAUGAAACAAGCUGUGAUUGAGGUGAUGAACAUCAAAAUCCAGCAGCUUCAAAGUCAACAGGCAGCACAGUCGGGAACCACCAAGGCUUAAUGUCUGAGAGAGCUGGGGUCUGCUUUCUCUCUACAGGAAUUUGUUUUUUAAUUUCCAUGCUUUACUACGGCAUUAUUGUGCAAAAUUAAAUCAUUCAUAAUGUCUGUAACUGAG